AUGUCGGACCUCGACAGCGAGCAGAGCUGGUCAGGGCUCCCUGCUGCUGAAGUCCUGACGUACGCGGGGCUCCUAGAAGAGUUCGAGACGGUCAAUGUCCUCGCUCCUCUAGUGCGCUGCUCCAAGCUGCCCUUCCGGCACCUGACCUCGCUGUACGAGACACACGUCACGCACACGCCGAUGAUCCUGGCAGAAGAGUUCUCCCGGAGCCAAAAGGCUCGGACGAGUGAUUUUACCACAUCCAGGGAGGAGAGAGGGGUGUUCUGGAUGGAACCUCGGAGGAACGGACGGCGGGGAGGCGCAGUAGGGGCGGACGAGCUGGACCAGCCAGGUCCAUCGCGUCGGAGAUCACAGACGUGCGGAUCUCUGCCUCACAAUCGACUACCACCAUCGCCAAGCCCUCCAACAUCGUCAUUUCGGUUGGUCCGAGGCUGCCUUAUCGCCCAAUUCGCCUCGCCCAACGGUCCGUCUCUGGCAGAUGCAGCCGAGCUCAUUUCGCCCUACGUGGACGGCCUGGACCUCAACUGCGGAUGUCCUCAGAAGUGGGCGUACAACGAGGGGAUAGGAUGUGCAUUGCUAAGAAAGCCGGAGCUAGUGGGCGAUAUGGUGCGAUGUGUCAAGGACAGGAUGGGGUGGGACUUUCCCGUCAGCGUCAAAAUCAGGAUAGAUCCAGAACUUCGCCUGACUGAGCAACUCGUGCAAACAGCUAUUCACGCUGGAGUUUCACAUAUCACAAUACACGGUCGAAAUCGGCAUCAAGCAUCCACCGAGCCAGUCAACCUUGAUGGUAUCAAGUUUGCGGUGGAGUGUGCGAAGGGAGAAGUGCCAUGUGUGGGGAACGGAGAUAUAUGGACCAUGGAGGAGUGCGUCAAAAUGAGAGAAACGGGAGUUAGGGGUGUAAUGGGGGCGAGGGGUCUGCUUGCAAACCCGGCUCUCUUUGCGGGCUACGAGAAGACUCCGGAUCAUGCGAUCGAGCAGUUCAUGAGUCUCACCGUGGACUAUGGGCUCAUCUUCCCCUUAUUCCAGAAGCACAUGGCCUACAUGCUGGAGUCGCGCCUUGCCCGUCCACAGCGGGCCUGGUUCAAUCAGCUUCCAUCGACGGUAGCGGGGAUCGAAUAUCUGAAGGGAACGGGGCUCGAUUUUGAGAGCAAGAGGGGGACGGUCUGGGAUGCACGUAGAGGCAGAUCGGCGCCGUCUGUUCCAAUAUAG